AUGUUCUGGCCAACGACUAUGUCUUCAAGAGCGGUACGUCUGACCUUAGAGCCGUCCUGGGUUGAGAGCGCGAUGACAACGAGGCCGAUCAGAAUCACUGAAGUUGCGGCAGCAAAGAAUUUCCUUUGGCAAACAAACAACAACAACAACAACAACAACAACAACAACAACAACAACAACAACAACAACAACAACAACAACAACAACAACAACAACAACAACAACAACAACAACAACAACAACAACAACAACAACAACAACAACAACAACAACAACAACAACAACAACAACAACAACAACAACAACAACAACAACAACAACAACAACAACAACAACAACAACAACAACAACAACAACAACAACAACAACAACAACAACAACAACAAGGACAUCAGACUAUCUGCAUCAGUCUCGUGCAUGGCAAUCAUCACGCUUCUCCUCUGUCGCUUCUCUCUCCUCACCUUCCAUCUUUCCUUCCCCCUCGGAUCUCCGCCAAGGGCGCCGUCAGGUGCUCCAUUGUCAUUGUCACCCGAAAUAGCACUGAUGACCCCUGUUACUCAUCAGUACCCCGAACUGUCCAUCUUCGCCUGA